CGCUGGGCGUGGGGCCUCUGUGGUGGUCCUGAUGUGCCCCAUGCCGCAUUGUCUGUAUCUACAGUCAACACAGAGAGCCGCGGCGUGGGGAUCAAGCAGAGUCAGCUCUCUGUGAGCUCCCACAUUGUGCAAGAGGAUGAAUUGUUGAAAGCUGUGAGAAGCAACGAACCAUUGCGUCUAACGUUCACUCUUCACUUGACCGAGAGUACGUCCGUCGAGUGGGAGACCGUAGCAUGGCGCCGCUGUCUAUACAUUCGCGUACCAAGCUGCCUUCUGCCCGAAGGAUCAAAAGAGGGUUUUGUUUCGCUCCUAGAAUACGCCGAGGAAACACUGCGCUGCACCAAUAUCAUUGUCUGCCUUCGCAAAGAUAGAUCAGACCGAGCAAUGCUGGUUCGUACCUUCAUGUUCUUGGGUUUCACGGUCCUGCCGCCAACUCAUGCCUUGGUACCGCCAGGCAGUGACGCUGGCAAUCUCUACAUGCUCUAUGCCAUCGAGUAAUCGGCAAGCGGUUCUGCCUCUCUCAAAUUUAACGCGCAGGUACUACCGUAAUCGAGUCUGAGGUAAAAUUCCGAAAAGAGGGACAAUUGGAAAAUUCUGGGAAACAUGUAUAUUUUUCUUUUAUGUUUUAACAUUUGCCGUAUAAAGUAUUAUUUCUCUUAUCAGUUGCACAUUGGAAAAUUCGUCCAUUUUUUGCAAGGAUUUAUAUCGAUUGCAGAAGAACCUUGGCGUUAAAUUGAAGAGGCUUGAUGAAAAAAAAAAAUUAAAAAUUAUAGUCGCGAAUAUGUAGAACGCGUACAUAAAAGGCUUUCGAUGGGUAUAUCGAUUCAUUCUCUUGAACACAAUGUUAAUAACUCUUACAAGAGUAUAUAAGCUGCUGACAAAGCUUCCCACGUGAAAAAAUUUGACGGAAUUUGUAGUCGCGCAUCAACAACUGAACACGGCGACCAACUGUCAAAUUUUAGAGAAAAUUUAUUAUCGAUAUAUCUCAAUGUUAAUUGUGGCAGAUUGGGUAUCACCGCGUUAUUCUCCGUAAUAUAUGUAUAAGUGUAUUUGCUUAUUUUUAAGUAUUAUCGAUAUGUAUAAUCUAGAUUUUUAAUAUUUGUUAUGCGAGUACCCAGUAAAAUUGAGUUUGGGUCGCUACAGUGUGUUUGUCAUCCAAAAACGACUAUUUUAUGAUUAUUUACGAUUAAUUGACUGAUAUUCUUUAUUAAAUGUGCAAUUUUUUUCUCUGUAGUUUCGUGAAAAAUCCACGUUCCUGUUUACGAAGUAAAAAGAAAUUUCGUAAGCAUCAAGUAAAAACAUAACAAAUUUCCGGUAUCUGAAUUGACUUUUUGUAGAGUCCAAUUUUUGUAAAAAAAAUUCUAUUUCCGGAAUAUAUGUUCAAAUAAAUUAAAUACUGGUUAACUUAGGAUAGCGCUUGCUAUCGUAUAAAUGGGCUUUGCAAAUUUGACUAAGAAUGAGAAAUAUCACGAACAUUACAUUACGUUGCUAAUCGGACAUGAGAAAUAAGACGUUUAACACAUAUUUUCUUUAAAUGCAAAACUUAAAGGUACUGAAUUAUUAAAAAUCUUACUUAUAUCGUUAUAAGUCCUAUAUCUUUUUUUAUAGCAUAUUCUUAGGGGUGAUAGUAUAUUUAAGUAAUAGUAUAUCUGGUAAUUCCCAAUCAGUUAACAUUGAAGAGAUCUUGCUAAUAAAUGCGUUCUUUAGUGUUGACUUGAUAACAGACAUGAAAAAUAAGUAAAAAUACAAAAAAAAUGAAAAAUAUUAGAAAAGCCAACAAAAAAAUGUUAAUUAGAUUAGGAAUAUAGAUAAAGAUAAGUACAGAGUGACGGACUAUUGUAUGUUAACUUCACGCAAAUAAUUAUCAAUUUGCCUCAAAUUUUUGAAUUGAACAAUUUCAUGCAUUUUAACCUGUCAGUUAGUAUUAUAUAUUGUCUCUGACCAUACAUACACAUACAUAUAAACAAAUACACACAACACACAUAUAAAAAGUGAAUAUGUAUGCUACGUUUCUUAUUCAUACAUGAAAACAUAAUUGCUAAAUAAACAUUUAAUAAAACCCA